UGCCGUCUGUUGCCACGGUGACCGACGCUAGACUCGUUUUAGGAGAUUAGCUAGCGGUUUCGGCGUGAAGUCAUAUUGAUAACGACAGAUAAAUUGAUCAUUUGCCAUCAUGGCUUCUAUUUUGGAUGCUCUUUGGGAGGACAGAGACGUGAGGUUCGACAUAACAGCGCAGCAGAUGAAAACCCGUCCAGGAGAGGUGCUGAUAGACUGCCUCGACUCUAUAGAGGACACGAAAGGAAACAACGGAGAUCGAGGGAGGCUCUUAGUGACAAACCUGAGGAUCAUCUGGCAUUCCUUGGCCCUGCCCAGAGUCAAUUUGUCUGUGGGUUACAACUCCAUCAUUAACAUCACAACAAGGACUGCUAACUCAAAACUGAGAGGCCAGACUGAAGCGCUGUACAUCUUGACAAAGUCCAACAACACCAGAUUUGAGUUCAUUUUCACAAAUGUGGUUCCAGGAAGUCCACGGCUCUUCACUUCUGUCAUUGCUGUACACAGGGCUUAUGAGACCUCCAAAAUGUACCGUGACCUGAAACUGCGAGGUGCUCUUAUUCAGAAUAAGCAGCUCCGACUCUUACCUCGGGAGCAAGUCUAUGAUAAAAUUAAUGGAGUUUGGAAUUUAUCCAGUGACCAGGGUAAUCUUGGAACCUUCUUCAUCACCAAUGUUCGGAUCGUGUGGCACGCCAAUAUGAACGAGAGCUUCAAUGUCAGCAUUCCCUAUCUCCAGAUUCGUUCCAUCAGGAUAAGGGACUCUAAAUUUGGCCUGGCUUUGGUGAUAGAGAGUUCACAGCAGACUGGAGGCUAUGUGCUUGGAUUUAAGAUUGACCCACUGGAUAAGCUUCAAGAUGCAGUGAAGGAGAUCAACUCACUGCAUAAGGUGUACUCUGCCAACCCCAUCUUUGGAGUGGACUAUGAAAUGGAAGAGAAGCCCCAGCCACUGGAAGAGCUCACAGUGGAGCAGCAGCCUGAUGAUGUGGAAAUUGAGCCUGAUGAGCAGACUGAUGCUUUCACCGCCUACUUCGCUGAUGGAAAUAAGCAACAAGACCGGGAGCCGGUGUUUUCUGAAGAGCUGGGCAUUGCUAUUGAAAAGCUGAAGGAGGGUUUCACACUUCAAGGACUGUGGGAAGUUAUGGGCUGAAAUAACAUUUUGUAUUGUACUUUUUAUUGUACAUUUUGGAUGUACUGUAACUAUGUACAUAUUAUCAUCAGUUAUGCUGUAUUUAUUUAUGGGUCAGAAUAAAAUGUGAGCAUAUGUAGAUCAUAUUUGUAAUAAGAAAAUAUUUAUUUAUAUUAAUUAUAAUAUGAUUGAUAUAUUGUGUAGUUAUAAAGUAUCUUUAUCUUUCUAUAUUGAAUAGAACUUGUCAAAUACAUUGUUUUGAACAUUUUAAGUAAAUGGAAUAAAUGUGUUUAGAUUUUUA